AUGACUACCACACCACAACACGACGAAACAGACCACAUUGUCAAUCAACUAGCCGCCCUUGCAGCUACCGUGAGCAAUACAUCAAUCAACAGCGUCUCAUCAUCGAUUGCUCCGCCCAUAGCGAAGCCACAAUCAGCAGCAUCGAGCCUCAAACCACAGCAACCAGAAGAAGAAUCAUUCUACCAUCUUUGUAGUCUGAUAACAGUCUCCUGCUUGCCGCAGCAUAUGCCAGACCAUACACAAACACCUUCAGCCUCAACACUAGGCUCCAACUCAGGGAAAAGCAGAAGUUCAAUCUUUGAUCGGAAGAGAGCGUCAUCGAUUCUGAGUUUGAAUCUUGGUGAUCUACCGAGUUUGCCGUUUCCCUCGAAGGAGAAAGUCUCGCCCAAGCCUCGCUCGAGAUAUAGUCCUCUACCUCCGCCAUUUGUGCAGAGGAGGCUUGCCAUUCGGCCCGAGGUGCGCUUCUAG